UGGGGACAGACCACCGCCCCGUUAGCAUGCACCUGCCGCUCUCUUCAAAAACCAUUUUCAUUUCUUUCAGUUGGUUAAAGAAACACAUUUUUGCAUCGCCGUCUUUUUUUUUUUUCAAACAUUCAAAAGACAAGAGACAAGAGUUUAAUAGUUCAGUGCCAACAGUAACAGACGCUAUUGAAACAAUUGCUUGACACCUGUUGCAACGUGCGUGAAAGUGAAUUUUUUGUUUUUCAAUUGAAAAUUGCCAUCAUCCAGUAAGGAACUGAUGGAAGUGGUGGUGGAUAGAUAACAUGCGCCAAGAGAUCGCACAAUCCAUUUUCGUUCGUUCAUAAUCUUCUGCUUUGCCCAAUUCGGAUAAUUCAAUCGCAAAUCAACUUUGGUUUUCCCCCCUGUUUUUCAUUCUCCGUUUGAAUUUCGUAUACACAAAACGGAAGUGUUCCUUAUCCGCCGGUGACCCUUUCAACCGGCUACCUCAUGCGGCCUAUCACCGAUCAACAGUUUAUCCAUCGUGACUGGAUCGUGCUGCUGCUGGACUGACUCUUCAGGCGGUCUAACGCCAUACCGGUACUUGCCGUCAUCGUAAAAACAUCAUCAUCAACGCACACACACAGACACACUCAUACACACACGUAGACACGCAAACGAAAUUCCAAGAUGAAGAAAAUCAAUAGUUCAACUUCGGCCGUUGAUGGCGCUAAAGUGGCCGCAACUGCUCCGCAACACACGUACCGAUGGAUCAGCGUCCUCCUCGUCUUGGGUCACGUCCUGGAGACGGCCUUGCAGAUCUACCUGAUCCAUCACUAUUGGCAGCUGACGACGCGCUGGGCGGCCGGUCUGGCCGCUUUGCUCACGGCCACCGUCGCCAUCAUCAACGCGGCCAGCAUCAUCGGCGUCCGGCGCGGCCUCGACUUUGCCGACAGGUGGUUCGGCCAGUGCCUCUGCUACGUUAUGCACUUCUCCCUGCUCGGCAUCGUCUGGCGAUUCCUCAAGCUGACCUUCCUCUAUGACCGCACCGAUUUACGAGAGUUCGCACUGCUCAGAUUCGUCCAGGUUCACUUGCAAACGCUGCCUUCGCUGCUCUUGCAGACUUGUCUCAUCUACCAGCACGGAUUGCUCAACGCGGACGUGACUGCCGUUCCAAUCGGACUGGCCAUCACUCAAUUGGUCGUUGCCGGGACGACGAUCGCCUUGACGACGUUGGUCUUGUCCAUGCCGACGAGCGGAAUCAUCGCAGCCGCUCCAUCACCUCCUCCGCUGGCCACGUCCAGCGUCAAAUGCUCCGAUGAAGAGAAAAUGAUUGCAGCUUUCCCAUCUCGGCUUCGCCAGAAGGAAGAGCGCGGAUGCAGCGGCCAUCAAUGCACAAUCACGGCCGUCCGCAGUAUUUGUUUGCUCUGGUGCCGGACCGUCGCCGUCGGCGUUUUCAUGACGGAAUUCCACGUCUGGACGCUGAUCGUGUUCGGUGUUCAUUGGUGCAUCACGCUACUCUGGUUGGUCUUGCAAGAUUCAGCUUCGGAAUUGCCGCAUUCCGGAUACGCUACGGCUCCUCCUUCUCCAGCUGUUUCGCUCUUCCGGCGGGCUUUAGUUGCCUAUCUUUUAGUCUUUGACUGGCCACCGCGCUAUCAGCCCAAACACUCCGGUUGGAGUGCCAGUCAUAAGGCUGUCAAUCCAGCGGCUAUCGUUCCGGCUGUCGGAUCAUGGCUGGAUGUGGUCGGAUUGGGAGGCGAACCCCGUUCCGUGGCUGUUGCUCUCUACUACGGCAUCAGCGGCGUUGAGAAUGCGGCCAUGCUGACCCUGUGGUUCCAUUUCGCUCCGCCUUCCAUCCUUGUGCUUCCCGUUGCCCGUCUGACGACAUUAGCCACUUGCACGGCCGCUUUAACUUUGGGUGUCUUGUGUGUUGUCGCUUCGACGCAAGGGCCCGAUGAGGAAGUGUCCGCUUCAUCAUCGAGUUCAUCAGCGACGUUGACUUCCAACCGGACCAAUUUCACGGCUUCCGAUUCGACGUCGCUGUCCGCUUCUUCAUCCAACACGUCGUCUUUGAAACCGAUCAGUGCUGGGCCUUUUAUUCCGCCUUGUUCUGUCGUCCAGCAACGCGAAGUGCGUACCGUCGUAGCUCAAGUUCACCCGCCGCGAACGACGACGACGCGCUUGACACAAGCAGCACUUAACAUGGCGGCUAAUCACAGUCAUCCGCCGAUGGAACCGCCUCCACCUCCGCCGCCAGAGACUACCUGGGAGAGGGCCAUCAGUGUCUGCGACGACGAAUCGUCCAACAGCCGCAAUACAAACACGAUGGAUGGAGCGUUGACGAUGGGUCCCGGAAGCGGAUCAGGAUCGUGUCCGAGCCCUCCGCUUUACAACGUUGCCAUCAGUGGUAAUGGUGGUGCAUUGAUCGCUUCUUCUUCCAGUCCAGCUGUCACUCACCCGAUUGCUGGCCAGCACAGAAGCCACCAAGCGAGUCCUUUCAGAGAUCCCAGCACAUUCACGGCCAGUCAGAAUUCGUACCGCAUGGCUAAAACCAUAGGCACAGCCGGCCUGACGAAGACUUCAGCUAUUCUAACUCAACAGCUGGAAGGCAUGGUGAAACGGCCUUAUUUAUCCGGCUGUCCGCUAUCGUCCACUCCGCGAUUGCUCCGCCGGAACUCUUCCUUUGGAUCGUCUCUGAUGAUCAAAUCAGCACGAUCGUCCGCGUUGCGAGGAGGAGUUUGCAAAACGGCAAUCAGAUCCGCCCACACGACUGGCCGUCAUCGUCGUCGCCACCGGACUCAUCAGAAUCAUCACGGAUGUAAACCGCGUGGCUCUAAAGGAGCUUGUCAUUGCCGCAUCUUUGACGAUUAUGGAAUGGGCAUCCUCAUUAAAGAGAACGCCAUCUCUAAGAGCGGAACGUUGACGAGCGGUGGCCGGAAUUCUUCCGGCCGAUUGAGUCACGGCUUGUUCACCACCGCGGACACGGACGCCGGCAAGCCCCAAUUGCAGAUCAGAUGCGCCAAGUGCCUCGGAGCUCACGAUCCGUUGUUGACCAACUGCGUUCGGAGCAAACGCCAAACGAUGGCGGCCAAAAAAGCGGCGACGGCUAGCGGAGUCAAAUCCAAAACGCUUCCGUCGCGUCACAAGGCCACUUGCCUCGUGGCUCGCAAUCAACAACUGGAGACGUCCAUGUGCAGCACCAAUUAUCCGUCGGACACGGAAGUCACGUGCACCGGAGGAAGACGUUCGCUUUCAUCGUCGUGUUCUAGCGGCUCCAUCGACGGCUCGUCCACCAGCAGCUUGGACUCGGACGCCACGUACACAACUUGGCCGCCGCCAAUUCGCAUUCCGAGCAUGGAGCGUCUCUUGUCGGAGAACACGGACCCGUCGCCGUGGAAUUACGUCCAGGCUUGGCUGGUCAAUGCUAAUCAGCCGCAAACACGCCCACUUCCGGCCGGUGCCGCUAGUGGUACCGGGACGGUAAGAGGCUCUGCUAUCGGGACGGGCAAGCGGAUCGUCAAGCGACUCGGUGGCUCUCCCAUCUGCGCUGGAUCGACUGCUGGACAAAUCCAAUAUUUGAUGCGUCCACAUCGACAUCAUCACCAAGCGACUGGUGGAGGGGCUCAGGAUGUUUACAGCGCAUAUUGUACAGUUCCUCCCCGACUUGGCCAGACAGUCAAAGAAUUGAGCGUCGUCCAGCGGAAUCAGAAAUCAUCGGCCAACGCUACGGCCGUGACUGAACAUCAGUACAGUACGCCUUCGGUAGUGCAGUACAGCACUCCCAUAAGCACCGGGAGCACGACGAGUAGUACGGGAUUGGAGAUUGUCGUUUGAAAAAAUGAAAAUACCUUUAUGUUUGUUGUUUCGACAUUGUUGCGUAUGCAAAAUUCCAAUAAUUGUGUUUUUUUUUAUUGGGAAAAAAAACAAACCCGUCAUGAUAGACUAUGUACAUUUCGACGUGAUUUCUCUGUCAUUUGUUGCAUAUAUUAUAAAUAAGAUGAUUAUCAUAAUAAUACAGUAUGUCUGUUUUGUCCUGUCA